AUGUUCUGCCUUUUCUAUCUAUUCAUAAUCGAUCUAUCUAUUAGUCUUUCCCUUUCUCUUCGUCUCUGUCUUUCUUUCAUUCUUUCGUUCGUUUCUCUCUCUCUCUCUCUCUCUCUUUCUAUAUAUCUAUCACACUUAAUGCUCUCUCUCUCUCUCUCUCUCUCUCUCUCUCUCUCUCUCUCUCUCUCUAGUUUUUUUUUUUCAUUUUCAUCUCUCUCUUUAUCUUUUUACAUCAUUCACUUUUAUACGCUGUUCUCCCUGAAGGCCGCCUCUACAUUCGCCAUCAAUUGUAUUCUGUCGAAUAUGGAAGACCGAAACGUUGCUCUCAACACCGCCCGAUUAGCUUCUCGCUUAUCAUCUCGUUCUCUUUCUAUUUUUCUUUCUUUUCUUUUUGUUGCACAUACUCUCUCUCUCUCUCUCUCUCUCUCUCCCACACACAUAGACAUAUGCACAAACUCUCUCUGUCUCUCUCUCUGUCUCUCUUUCUGUGUGGAUGGGGAUUUCUCUCGCUCACUGAACUUGUAA